UUUUUUUUCAUCCAGACUCAAUCUAUGAUAGAUUGUGUCUUGAUUCCAGUGUGUAGACAUAUAAUGGUGUAAGAAAAUUUAAUUUAAGAUUUAAAACUCUCUCUUUUUUCUUUUUCUUCAGUACAAAGAACAAAAUGGAGAAGCAAAUUCUACUGGGAGAGGCUGGAGAAGAGAAAACUCAGAGGAUAUCAUGGAGAGGGUUGAUUGAGGAAGUGAAGAGGAUGGCAUAUAUAGCAGGACCUAUGGUGGUUGUAAAUUUAUCACACUAUUUCUUGCAAAUUAUUUCCAUAAUGAUGGUGGGUCAUCUUGGUCAACUCUUUCUUUCUAGCACCGCCAUAGCUAUGUCCUUCUCUGUUGUCACUGGCUUCAGUCUCACCUUUGGGAUGUCAAGUGCACUGGAAACUCUAUGUGGGCAAGCUUAUGGAGCCAAGCAGUAUCGACAAUUUGGAAUUCAAAUCUAUACUGCUAUAUUUUCUCUCAAUGUUGUUUGUAUCCCUCUCUCUAUCUUAUGGAUCUGCAUGGGAAAAAUCCUUGUUUUCAUAGGCCAAGACCCUUUAAUCUCACAAGAAGCUGCUAAAUUUACUACCUGUCUGAUUCCUGCACUCUUUGGCUACGCAACCCUUCAAGCAGUCGUUCGAUAUUUUCAGAUGCAGAGUUUGAUAUUUCCCUUGAUUAUAAGCUCCUUAUUUACUCUUUGUUUCCACAUUCUUGUCUGCUGGAUUCUUGUGUUCAGUUCAGGACUUGGUAACCUUGGUGCAGCAUUUUCAAUUGGCAUUUCAUAUUGGUUAAAUGUGAUUUUACUUGCAUUCUACAUGAGAUUCUCUUCCAGUUGUGCAAAAACUCGUGCCUCAGUGUCCAUGGAGUUAUUCCAAGGAAUUGGAGAGUUUUUUCGCUUAGCUAUCCCUUCUGCUGCAAUGAUUUGCCUGGGAUGGUGGUCAUUUGAGUUUCUUACAAUGCUUUCUGGGAUUUUACCAAAUCCAAGGCUUGAAAUGUCUGUUCUUUCUGUUUGUCUAUCAACCAUCUCAACACUUUAUACAAUACCAGAUGGAAUAGGUGCUGCAGCAAGCACUAGAGUUUCAAAUGAAUUGGGAGCUGGAAAUGCACGAGCAGCUUAUGUAGCUGUCUGGUGCGCGAUGUUUGUCACAACCACACAAUCAAUAAUAGUGAGCUCAAUCCUGUUCGCCACCAGGCAUGUCUUCGGUUAUGUUUUCAGCAAUGAGAAACAAGUUGUGGAUUAUGUCACAGCCAUGGCUCCUCUUGUAUGCAUAUCUGUAAUCUUGGGCAGCUUAGAUGAGACCCUUUCAGGCAUUGCUAUGGGAUGUGGGUGGCAGAACUAUGGGGCUUAUGUCAAUCUAGUAGCAUUCUAUAUUUGUGGAAUGCCAGUGGCAGCCAUGUUGGGAUUUUGGUUAAAUAUGGGAGGAAAAGGCCUUUGGAUUGGUAUACUAGUUGGUUCCUUUCUGCAAAAUGUUUUGCUUGGUAUCAUAAUAACCUGUACGAAUUGGGAAGAACAGGCAAUCAAGGCAAGGGAGAGGGUAUUUGAGCGAAGAUCGAUAGCUGAAGAUGGAUCUGAGUGAAGCAAGAAUUUUAGCAAGCGAAGAUUGAGUUCAGUUCCGCAGAUAGAAUACUCAUCACAUGAGGAAUAGUAGUUGUAAGUGCAUGCAACAGCUGCUUUAUUUUCAACACCAAAAUGAUGCUUAAAAACAAAAGCUCUUGAC